GUCUGAAUAUGUCCUUAUUAGAAAAGUGUUGCUCAAAUCUGGAACACUUUCUCUGAAAUGGUCAGGAAUUCAAGCAGAGCGAGAAAAAACGACAGCCUUAAGAGAGAGUGGGAGUGGAGAGAAGAGGAGAGGAGAGGAGAGACUUCACACUGAAGCUUCCAGCUGUUUAUCAUCUCCUUUGCAACCAUGGAUUCAUCACCACAAGAUUUGCUCUGAGGGCCUGAAGAGGACGCAGGCUAGAGAAGGGAGAUAGACAGAGGGAGAAAAGCAGGAACCCCUGGGUGAAGUAAGGAGAAAGCAGCUGUGAGAAGGAGGAGAACAAACAGCAAGGAAAGGUAGGGGACAGCAGGAGCGAGGCGUCCGUUUUUCCACGCAACGCAGGAAGACAAACGGAAAAAGAAGGAGAGGGGCGAUAAAAGUAAGGGACGGAGGGAGAAGAGCUGUCCUGACAUGGGGCUUUGUGCUGUUCUUCUCAUCUGUCUAUCCCAGGCUGAGCUCGGGAGAGUCUGGGCCCAAGAGUGGAAAGAUGCAUAUAGAGGGACUGCUCUGAGGACGGAUGGAGACACAGCCAGUUUUCUACGAACCAGGGGAGACCGGCAGAACCAACAAAAACACAGAGAAGCCCGCAAUGCACAGGCUGAAGGAGGAGGAGGAGUUGAUAUCAGUCCCCUUCCAGACAACAUGACCCAUAUAGUGGAGGACUCUCAAAAAUACUACAUUUGGGAGAGUUUUGGUCCAACAGACAGAAAAACUGAACUGUUGUGGGUUGACCUGAACAAUCUGCAUAAAAGUCAAGUCAGAAUCCACGGCAUCCUGUCCAACACACACCGACAGGCUGCGAGAGUGGCACUCUCCUUUGAUUUCCCUUUCUAUGGACACAACAUCAGACAAAUUAUUGUAGCAACGGGGGGGUUCAUCUUCAUGGGCGAGAUAACUCAUCGGAUGCUGACUGCAACACAAUACGUAGCGCCCCUUAUGGCCAACUUUGACCCCAGCUUCUCUAAAAACUCCACAGUGAGGUAUAUGGACAACGGUACUCUGUUUGUGGUGCAGUGGGACAAGGUGCGACUAAAGGACAGAGAAAAUGAAGGACCCUUUACUUUUCAGGCAGCCCUCCACAGUAAUGGGAGUAUUAUUUUCAACUACAGAGAGGUUCCUGUACCAGUGGAGAAGAUUAAUUCCACAGAGCAUCCAGUUAAAGUCGGACUGUCUGAUGCUUUCAUGGCAAUCCUCCCUGCUUCACAGCUCUCAGAUGCAAAGCAGCGUACCAUCUAUGAGUAUCAUCGUGUUGAGAUUGACACCACAAAGAUAGUCAGUGGGUCUGCCUUUGAAUUCACCCCUCUGCCGACUUGUCUACAGCACACAUCCUGUGAACUCUGCCUAACAUCCAACUUGACAACUGACUGUGGAUGGUGCAACACACUCCAACGAUGUUCUGAUGGCAUUGACCGGCAUAGACAAGAGUGGCUGGAUUACAACUGCCCUGAGGAGUCUAAAGGUAAAUGUGAAGACUACAACCCUAUGCUGCCUGAGGCAACUAUGAGCUCGUUCAAUAACUUGUCCCCCGAACCAACAACUGCCUUAGCAGACCUCGAAGAGCAGCCAGUCACUAGAGAUAUAGAGCCCAGUUCUCCUAACCAUAGAGGGAUAACAGAGAAUACAGCCAUCAUAGCAGGGGUGGUGGCCGCAUUAGUUUUGCUGGUAACGCUGACAUUACUGGCAGUUUACUACAUCAACACACACCCCACAGUUGCUCCACCAUUCUACCUCAUGCAGCGACGCACAAAUAACUACUGGCCCUCCAUGAAGUUUCGUAACCAGAGCUGUCACUCCACCUACGCCGAAGUCGAACUUGGCGUUCAUGAGAAGGAAGGUUUCAUCGAAGCAGAGCACUGCUGCUAAAUGUCUGGAACUUUUAAAGGGAGCGUGCCAUCUGGAGCAUAGAAGUGGUACAAAAUAAGGAAUAAAAAACAACAGACUUUCAGGCAGAUUACUGACACGAGAUGUCCUUACUCCAGUCGUUGUGGCUGGACAGUGUUUACUGUACCUGCUCUUGUAGCUCUUCCCAGCUUUCUUUAUCUGUUUUUGCUGUCUUGCCAUCACACAGCCAUGUGAUCCAAUGGUUGGGAGGUUUAACAAGAUGAAGAUGAUCUUCUAGACCUAUUGAUGGAAAUGACCGUCAGGGAAUGAAUCGAACAAGCCUUUAUACUGCAAACCAAUGUACAGCUCAUCUUAAUCUAUGUUUUUCAUCAUCCAUUUUAUGGAGUGUUUUUGUUUGAUGAAACUUCUACGCAAGAUUUGACUGGUUCAUAUUGAUGCUAUGUGGACUUCUCUACGACAGAUAUCUAGCUAUUCAAGUGAUAGUGAAUUUAUUGAACAUCUGAGAUUUUUCUUGACAACUAUUGUAUGAAUGGAUUUUAGAGUAACCAAUGUAUGAGAGUUUUCUCUAAAACUUUCUGUUUAAGUGUCUUCUAAUAAACGCUGCGGGACAAUGUGGA